GCGUCGCGGAGAAAGAGCUACAACACGGCGAGCAGGUCUUGGCCGAAGAGAUGCCGCGUGCGCAGGCUCGGCAGCAGCUGAGGGACGCCCAAGCCAAAGGCAGCAGUGCCUUGCGAGAGGCCAUCGCUUUGGCAAAGGAGGCCCGCCUCCCUGCCGAAGAGCUCCAACCUUUCGAGGAGCUGCUUUCGGGGGCCGAGUCCAAGGAGGCUGCAGCAGCAGCGCUGAGAAAGGCGACGGACGCCCGAGAUGUGGCCGCUCUCACCUUCGCCCUCCAGCAGGCCAAAGAAGCUGGCGUCGACCCCGAGCUCCUGGCAACCUCCGAGGCGGUGUUGGCCGUCGAGGCUCCCAAGCAGGAGGCUCGCGAGGCGCUCGCGGCGCAGCUGGCCAAGGUGCACGCCGCGGGGGACAAGGGCCCCUCGCUGGAAGAGCUCACUGUGCCCGGGCCCUCCGCCCUCGGACAGUUCGCGCAGGCUUUGGACAUUUUGGCACAGGAGCAGCAGCGUGCCAUGUGCAAGAAGGAGGUAGCGAAAGUGGUGGAGAAGCUGAAGGACGUCGACCGGAACAGCAUGGAGGCCUUGGAGGAAGCCAAGGAGGAGCUCUUCAACGCCCUCUUGGCUGCCAAGGCCGUGGAGGUCCCGUCGGCUGCCCUGCGGGAGGCCGACAGCUUGAGGAGGAGGAUCCACAACGCCUUGGAGGACCUGAAGGGAUCCAUCCGCGUCUUCUGCCGAAUCCGGCCGAUCAGCAAGCGUGAGAAGGAGCUCCAGGACGUGGAUGUGACGGAGCUCGUAGACUCGAUGACAGUGAACACCCAGAAACCCUCCUAUGGCUCGAUUGCAAACGACCCGGAGCAGUUCAACUUCGAUGCGGUCUUCAAGCCCGGCACACAGGCGGAGGUCUUCGACACGUGCAAAGACCUGGUCCAGUCGGCCUUAGAUGGCUACAACGUGGCGAUGUUCGCCUAUGGCCAGACCGGCGCUGGAAAGACCUUCACCAUGUACGGCAGUGGAACUGGGGACAACGCAGGCACGGCCCCACGGACCAUUGCCGAGCUGUACCGCUUGAUCAAGCAAGACGAGGAUCGAGUUCAAUUCACGGUGCCACCCCGCAAGCCGUGA